AAAUUUUGUCAUGCUUUAAUAUUAUACAGCCAUCUACGUUUUCCUUAUAUCGAUAUGUUGUAACAAUAACAUAAUGGCUCCAGUGCCUACUAUUCAGAAUCAGAAGGGAAAGCAGGAUGGAAGAAGUGGGCGUGGUGGAACAAUAGAAAGAACUGGACUGGUUACAAGAGUUAAAUAUUGUAACAAUUUACCAGAUAUUCCUUUUGAUCCCAAAUUCAUAUGCUACCCGUUUGAAGCAAAUAGAUUCGUUGAAUACAAACCAACAACACUAGAAAAACUUCAUAAAAUUGAUCUUCAUACUGAUCAUGACUUGGGUGUGAUGAUUGAUUUAAUAAACCCCGAUACAUAUAAAGUUGAUUUGAAAGAUACUCUUGAUCCAGCUGAUGAGGCUUUGCUGGAAGAAGAUCUUCCGGCUCCACAGGAUUCAAAACGUUCUAAACAACACAGUAUCAAUGUUUCUUGGUUAAGAAGAAGUGAGUACAUUUCACAAGAGUUUAAUCGAUACGGAGCCAAUAACACUAAUGUGGAAACGCGUCUAGGGGCCGGUAUAAAGGAACUCUUCAAAGACGAUGAUUUGUAUAAAGACAGGGAUAGUCAAAUUGCGGCUAUUCAGAAAACGUUUGAAGAUGCAAAAACUGAUAUCAAAAAGCAUUAUAGUAAGCCGAAUGUAUAUCCUGUUGACGUUCUUCCUAUUUAUCCAGAUUUCAAAAUGUGGCAACAUCCCAGUGCACAAGUUAUAUUUGAUACUGAUCCUGCUGUAAAAGGUAGUUCUCCGCAGCAGCAAAUCCAAGAAAUGUCACAGGCUAUGAUCAGAGGUAUGGUAGAUGAAGAAGGAGAUCAAUUUGUCGCUUAUUUCUUGCCAACGAGUGGUACUCUGAAAAAACGAGAACAAGACAAUGAAGAAGGCAUGGAUUACAAUCCAGAAGAGCUCUACGAUUAUAAACUUGCAAGGGAAUAUAACUGGAAUGUUAAAAAUAAAGCAUCAAAAGGUUACGAAGAAAACUAUUAUUUUGUAAUGAGAGAAGAUGGUGUAUUUUACAAUGAAUUAGAAACGAGAGUGCGACUUAGUAAACGAAGAGCAAAGGGAGGAGGUGGACUGCAAUCUGCUACAAAUGCAGUCCUUGCUGUCCACCAUCGUGAACUAAACGACCAAGAACUUGCAGCUCAAGAAAUGCGAAGGAUGCAGUUGGAACCAUUAGAAGCUGAUGAAGAUUUUGAUGAGAAACAGGAUGAUGAACUGGAAGAAGAAGAUGGAGAUGAAAAAUUAGAAGGAGAAUCUUCAGCUGAAGAGGGAGAGAAAGAAUCUCAAGAGGAAGGUGGGGAAGAGGGUGAAGAAGAAGAAGAAGAAGCAGCAGGAUCCUCGGAAUCAGAAAGUGAAGAUAAAAAAGAAACCACUACACAAGAUGAAGAGGAAGAAGAUGCAAGUGAGCACAGUGAAGAGGAAGUUGAAGAAAAGAAGGCAGAAUCAUCAUCAGCUUCUUCAAGUGAUGAAAAUGAACAAGGAGAAGAGGAAGGAGAGAAUCGUCAAGCUCAAGAAAUAUUUGGAAGUGAAAGUGACUCAUCUGGAUCUGAUUCAGACUAAUGUUUUUUGAGCAAUAUGUAUAGUGCAGCGAUAUACAUAAUGUAAUUAUUUGAUGGAAAAAUUGGCUCUGAGCAUCUACUGAUAUCUAAGGGGCCACUAUUCUUUUUGGUUCUGCAUUGCCUACCUAAUUUAUUACAUCUUAGUGGACUGCCAGGCAUGGAAUUUGAACCUAAGUGAUCCUGCAAUGACAACACACUUAGGUCAAAUGCUUUAUCCACUAGUUAAUAGCGCCCACAAAGAUUCCCGACAAUAUUCUUCGAAUUUUAUCGCUUCAAAGUUCUUCUAUUCUUGACGAACUGAAUAAGCUGGGAGUCUCUUGAUUCGAUUAACAUUUGAGUAAUCUGUAUUUGCCAGGACUUUGUUAUGUACCCGUUGUAAAGGAUCUUUGUAAUGCCAUCCAUAGGAAUAUUCAAAAUCCAUUUGUUAGCUGUGAAACAAUGUAGUUCGAAAGUUUAUAGUGAUUACAAAUUACAAUAUAAAAAGCAGGGCAAUUUGAUUGUUCAAGGUUUUACUUUUCACAACUAUUUGUCAAAACACAAGAUUGGCAAUGCCUGAGAUUUCUAGUGUUAACCUGACAUACUUUCCUUCAUUUGUUUGCCACUAAUAAGUAAAUAGAUUAAUAGAAGUGUAAAUCACAUAAACAAGGGAUUUGCUGCAUGGCAUUGCAUUAGGGCAUGUUCCUGUAUUCCAUACAUCUUUGAAUAGAUGGGUAAAAGAAAAAGGGAAUUGGUUUUCUACAUUGUGGGUAUUUCAAUAAUGUUCUAAAAUUAGAAAGACUUGCUGAUAGUCGAAUUUCCUGUGGAUUCAUUUAUUGAUAUAUUCCAUGAUUUGAAUCUGUAUAUUUACAUUGAAAUAGUUUUCAUAUUCAUAAUGUUCAUGGUUUUUGCUUCUUCUCUCCUAAAAAGGCACAAGCAGCCACUGUUCCACAGGAACCUAACGACGUCAAAUUUCUAUGGCUCGGUGUAACCUACUUAUUUGCAUUUGAGAUUGGAAUUUGAAAUAUUUAACCGACAGUACGAGCCUAUUUGGAUUGAAAAAAUGUCAGAACAUUAUAAAUUGCCUAUUCAAGCAAAAUGCAACCCAUGUAGAAAUUCAUUCCAAUAUAUAUGAUGUAUUUGCAAUCACUGAAAUGACACACUUCAACUCAUUAUGUCAGUUUUAGUGUUACUUAGCUACUUGAUUACGUAAUUUCAUUGUCUGCUAUAUGAUACUUAUCAGUUUGAAUUAUGUUGUAACACUGAUAGAAUAACGUUGUUACGAUUUAGAGAACGAUCUUGAUAUGGUAUUUUGUUGUUGUGAAAAUCCCAAAAAAUUCAUUAUAUCAAUCAUGCCUUUUACUUUUUUUUUUAAUUAUUUUUCUGUUACUCUUGUUUUCUACAGA